AUGUCGGCAAAGUCGAUUUUCGGUAACCAGACGUACAUGGACUACGAGUUUCAGUACAACAAGUUCCCCGUUUACAUUGCUCUCUUCCCUUUUCUCUAUGUGAUUCCCACUGUGCUCAUUAUCGUUUACACUACUUUUGUGUUCUUGGAGCCGUUGCUGAGGAGGCACGACUUUCUAGUUAAUGCCCACAUCUUCCUGGUGAUUACGUCGGCGCAUGUGGUGGUGAGUUUCGAGCAGAUUCGACAAAACAUAAGAUGGGAAGAAGGGGGAUGCGGAAUUAUGCUUUUAGAACGAUAUCUAAGACCGAAAAGUGGAGGGCGUCGAACUUUCUCUGAAUAUUUCGUUGUUCGGUAUGAGCUUUAUGAGCCUGUGUCACGGUUUAUGAAUCCGUGAAGAUGGGGAGGCUGAAGCUGCAAAAGUUUGGGACAAUUCUACGAACUUUACAAGAUUCCGAUCGAUUUCCUCAUGCAUUCAUUUUGUUACUUUUGCCGUCUAUUCUAACGAAUACCCGCACAAUAUUUUCGGACAGAUUUUGUUAAUGUUUCAUUCAGUCCGAUUGGAUGCUCUGAAGAUACAAUGAAAUCGUGCCGUUUUCCAGCUGCUCAUCUCGUUUCUCUUCGACUUUCUCGCAAACCGUCUCCCCGCAACCGGUCUCGUCACUUCUUGGUGUGCUCGCAAUAACCACCCACAUCUUCUCAUUUUCAUUUUGACCGCUCACUACUAUCUCGAUUAUCUCGCAAUGGGAUUCCCGUUCUUCAUGUCCGUCCUUCGCCUCAUCUUCAUGAUAUUUCCGAACACUCAUAAAACGGUACGCUCAUUUCCGUUUCUGGCCAAAUUGAUAGGAAAACGAUGCAGAUACUAUCGAAGGUGCUGAAAGUGGCUCUUCCGUUGAUCGCAAUCUAUCCGGUGUUCAACACGUUUUUCCUGUUCCCCGCGUCCGGAGAAUGCCGUCAAUUGUACCCUCCCUACGAGUUCGGCAACAUUUUCAUUCAUUACACCGGCGAGAUUCUGAAGGUUGGCUCGGCCUCAGAGCAUCGUCCUUUCAGAGUCGGUUGAUUUCAGCUGAGUAACUCUCCAUUCCUGCUCGGCAACAUCCUUUUUUGGAUGGGCUCCACGAUUACCAUCAAUCUCUACGUCAUCUUUUUGGUGGUUCAGGCCAGGAGCCGAACGUCAUCUCUCGCUUACAAGAGCAAAAAGAACCGGCGGGCGGAGCUGUCGGUCACAUUGACCACCUUCGCAAUGAUCCUCUCCUUCUUCAUGCGGGGAGUCUGUCUGGUAACUUUCUCUUCUUCCGGCCCCUUCCCAAUCCCUUCCAUCUUCAGAUCGUUUAUCUCUGCGUUCCGCGUCUCGCCAGCGUGCUCGCCAUCAUCCGUCCGUUCGGUUCGGACGCCGAAGUUGUCGUCUCGCCGUGGGUCUUCUAUCUGACGCAUCCGGCGUUCAGAAAACGAAAAAGCAGUUCGACGAUAACUGUUGGCCAUUCUGUCAGUUUGGGGAAGUGA